UCCAUCUUUAAGAUAGAUGGGUGAUGCUACAAGGGACACAAAUUAGUUAUGCAUAUAGCUGCAUCUGUACCGUUCAUUCUUAGAAGGUACGGUUAUGAACGGUCUUUGUUCCUUCCGCAUGCACAUAUUUUGUCCGAAGUGAUACUGCAAGUUUUUGAGGAGAGCAGCCGUAUCAAAACCUCGACCUUUUGGGUUUUGAAAGUUGCAAUGAAAAAUUUGCCGCCCCGCCCUUUUUCGAGUUCAAACUUCAAAGUUAGGGUUUCUAUUGUUCCAGAAUCAGGGGUUCUUUAUCCAUUUCCACAAAAUUAGGGUUAUCUAAGACCAUUUCCGAAGCUAGGGAUUCUUUUUCGUUUGCAAAAUUAUUAGGAUUUGUCUUCUUUUUUCUGCAGCAUUAGGGAUUUUCUCUUCCAUUCCCAGUAUCUUCGCUCCUUUUUUUUUUGAUUUUAGUGUUGAAUCUUCUGUUGCUGAUUUAUUUACCCAAAAAAAAAUGUAGGUUUGUGAUUUUCUACAUCCAUUUGGAAAAUACAUUUUCUUCCUUAUUCAAAAAGUUUGUGUUUUCUUUGUUCCCAUUGUGAAUCUCUGUUUUUCUUCUUCAUUUUCAAGAAUUGGAUGUUCUUUUUACGAAAAUUUAGUCUUGCAUUUGCUUCCAUUUAGAGGAUUGGAAACCUAGCUAGGGUUUUUGAAAACUAGGCUUUCAGUCUGUAAUGGAAGCAGAUGCUCUGAGCGCUGGUUCUGCAUUUGAUUGGGACACAAUUAGUGAAGAGGAGCUCCAAGCUAUAGAAGAGGCAUGUGAAAUUGCAGAAGCAGCUUCUUUAAAACGAAAGAGAACGCUUCCUCCUUCUUGGGGAUCUUCUCCAUGCACACUUAGACCUUUUAAAGCUGUUAGUCCACAGGUCAGGUAUCCAGUGAUGAAUUUUGGAGGUUGUAUUGUAUAUAGCAGAACAUUAGCGGAAGUUGAGAGUGCUACAGUGCAACUAUUGAAGAUUAUUGAGGCAAAGAGACAGAGUACAGAUUGCAUUUCAAUGGGAUUCGACAUUGAAUGGAGACCCAUCUUCAAGCGAGGGGAGGUUCCCAGAAAAGCUGCAGUGAUGCAGAUAUGUGUCGAUUCUGCUUACUGUUUCGUGAUGCAUAUAUUCCACUCUGGUAUUCCUCCACUUUUACAAUCACUUUUGGAAGAUGAUACAUUAGUUAAGGUUGGAGUUUGCAUAGCAAAUGAUGCUAAAAAGAUACUUUAUGAUUACAAUGUUCACAUCAGGGUAUUAGAAGAUUUAUCAGGUCUUGCAAAUCGCAAACUUGGGGAAUAUGCAAAGAAAUGGAGCCUUUCCUCUCUAGCUGAAAUGCUUACAAGCAAACAGUUGGAGAAACCCAAUAAUAUUAGGAUGGGUAACUGGGAAGCUGAUGAACUAUCAACCACCCAAGUCAAGUAUGCUGCUACCGAUGCUUAUGCUUCUUGGUACCUCUAUCAGGUACUCCAAAGCUUUCCUGAUGCUACGGAAACUCUACACGAGACGAAGAAAUCUGACUCUUAAAAAUCAUUUUGUUAUUAUAUUUCAUUUUAUAUAAUAUCUUCAGCCAAUAUUCCUUUACUUUUCAUCCAAAUAGGCUCACAUCCUUGAUUUAUAUCAGUUAUUUGUAUGAAUUUAUUAAGGAAUAAAAUGGUUUUCUAGCUU